AUGUCCUUAACAAAUUCCAUCGUCACUUCCGGCCAUUCUCAACAGGCUCUCGUCAGCGACUCUCAACAGGCUCUCGUUGGCCAUUCUCAACAGGCUCUCGCCGGCCACUUCGAGACUCUUCGCAAGAAGCGACGUUUUUCCACAAGCACAUACAGGGUUGAAAAAUUGGUCACGAGCAGUGGUAUAGACGUUUUUGACCGUUUUCUCACCAACGAGAGGAAUAAGGCUAAGGAGCGCAGAGAGCGAAAGGGGAAAUACCCCGCAGAGGGGCCAGGUGAAGAGCAGGAAGACAGAGACGAGGAGGACAGAGACGAGGAGGACAGAGACGAGGAGGACAGAGACGAGGAGGACAGAGACGAGGAGGACAGAGACAACGGGCACGAACACGAGAGAACAUACAAUGAACCCGAGGACAAGAUUCUCGAAGAGAAGGAACGUGAAGAGUUGGUUCGCAAAGAGCAGGAGCGUGAAAAGAAGGAAGCUGAAGACAAGAAACGAAAGGGCAAGGAACCCGAGGACAACAAAGACGAAAAGGACGGCAAUCAAAACAAAACCAAUACUCAAGCCAAGCGAGCUAACCAUUCACCCGUCGACUUCAAUUGUGUCAAGAAACUCCUCGUCAAGGCCUACGUCAGCCAUAAUCUGAAGCCGAGCAAGGCAAACUCUCUCGUAUUUACCAACUGGAGGGCCAGAACCGAAGAAGAAAAACGUGAUACACCUGGGUAUCACAGCAUCGAGUUCGUUGGCGGCCUUGCUUCAUCUAAGCUCUAUAGAACUGUCAUCAAGCACCUCGCCUGUACUGUCCAAUGGGCAUAUUUGCAAGAACAGAUCCCAGACAUGUGGUUCUAUCCAAGGCCAUUCGUAUUCGAACCCAUCUCGCAGAUGAUGAGACACGUGGACCUUUUCUCUACACUUCCUGGAGAAGAACACUUCCAUCGUGCAAUUGAGCUCGUCGAUUAUUGUGAGGACGAACAACGUAGACUGGAGCAUGGUAUAUGGUAUUCGGUCUACGACAUACUCAAUCUGCAUCUGCAGUCUUACAGAUACCGCGUCAUUUCCUUUUCUGGCGCUUUGGAAUUGGAAAAGCGGGACGUCUUGAGAAGUCUACCUUCUGAGGAGCAAUCUCGUCCUCUGUUGGUUGUUACCAUGCGCAAGCGAACAUGGGAGGAAAUUAGCGAAGACGAUGAAAAGGACAAGAAAGAGAGAGAUGCUGAAAAGGACAAGAAAGAGAGAGAUACUGCACUUGACAAUAUCGAUCCAGCUUUACUUGAUGAUGUUCCUACAGCAGGUAUUGAGAGCCGAGUGAAACGGCGGAUAGUAGUAAAAGAUCCGGACAGAGGAUUGCAAGAUUUGUAG